AAAAAAAUCAAGAACAAUUCAAAUAAUAUUGUUGAUCAUUUCAAUAGAAAUACAAAAAAAAAACAAUAAUAAUGAAGUUAAAUUUUAUGAGAAUAUUUAUAAUUUGUUUAUCCAGCAGAAUUAUUCAUGGUAGAUUAACUGACAUUAUAAAUACUAACAAGGGACCAGUUCAAGGAGAAAUUGUUUCAACUGUUCAUGAUUCAUCAAUUAAGUAUUCAGCAUUUAGGGCAAUACCAUAUGCAAAACCUCCAAUUGGUGAAUUAAGAUUUCAGCCUCCAGUGGAAAUUGAUCCAUGGUCAACAACACUAGUUGCCACAUCAGAAGCUCCAUCAUGUCCUCAAAUAACUGGUAUUGGUGGUGCCUAUGAAGGUGAUGAGGACUGUCUUUAUUUGAAUGUAUAUUCACCAAGGACGUCAUUCAAUGCUAGUGAUAGUGAGGCACUUGCUGUGAUGGUAUGGAUUUAUGGAGGUGGAUUUCUUAUUGGUCAAAUAAACAGUACACUCUAUGGACCUGAUUUUUUAAUUGCUGAUAAUGUUAUUGUUGUUGCAAUGAAUUAUCGUGUUGGAGCAUUGGGAUUUUUAUCAUUGGAUAUUGAUGGAGCAACUGGAAAUAUGGGCUUGAAAGAUCAAGUCCUUGCUCUUAAAUGGGUUCAAAAAAAUAUCAAAAAUUUUGGUGGUGAUCCAAAAAAAGUAACAAUAUUUGGACAAAGUGCUGGAUCAGUUUGCGUCUCACUCCAUCAAUUAUCACCAGCUUCAAAUGGGCUUUUUAGAGGUGCAAUUGCCAUGAGUGGUAGUCCACUUAAUCCAUGGGGUUUUACACCAUUAUCAUCAGCAGUUGAACAAGGUUUUGAUUUUGCAAAAUAUCUUGGAAUAAUUAAUAAUGAUAAAGAAGAAUUACUUAAACAAUUGCGAAAUUUAACUGCACAGCAAAUUGUUUAUGCAAGUGCACAACAAUUUAUGGAUGAAACAAGUAUUAAACCAGGUUCAAGAAUUGGCGGUCUUACAUUUAAACCAACAUAUGAAAAUUCAAGUAUUGCAAAAGAAGUAUUUUUAUCAAAAUGUCCAUUAAAAAUUUACAAGUCUGGAAAAUAUUUGAAGAUACCAGUUAUACUUGGUUUUACAAACGCUGAAAUUAUUCUAUUUAUUAAUACUUUUUCUCAAGUAAUUGAACUGGCAAAGAUUUAUCUUGAAUCCAUUGGUCUCAAUGAUUUACCAAUAAUUAAUGAUUUAAAGACAGUACAGAAUAAUUUAAAAACAAAUAACAGUCAAAUGGAUGAAAAUGUUCUUUACUCAGCAAUUAAUACAACUAGUGAUGUGAAUUUUGUUGCUGGAAUUGACGAGACUCAAAAAUAUCUAAUCCAAAAGUUACCCUCAGUUUAUUACUAUCGAAAUUCAUUUGAUUCUGAUGAAACAUCUUACAAAAUGCUUGGAAAGAGUAUUCGAGGCCUGGGACAUUCAGAUGAUUUACUUCAGAUUUUUUGGCAACCAAGUAGAAGUCACUCUCUAGACCCCAAUAGUCGCAUUGGUAUUCAGAGAAAAAAAAUGGUUAGACUGUUGACAAACUUUGCCAAAUAUUUAAAUCCUACACCAACUGGAAUGGAAGACUCUCUUUUAAAUGUAAUUUGGACUCCUUCAGGAUCAGAAGGAUUACAUCUCGAAAUUGAAAAUGAAAAAAUGUCAAUGGAAUCACGACCAAUUGAUGAAACUGCAUUAUCAGUACAAAUAACGAGCAAACCUUUCGAUCAUGCUGAUUUCCGAGGUGAAAUAAUUGGAACUAUUCAAAAUGAGUCAAUAAAAUAUUCAUCAUUUCGUGGAAUACCUUAUGCAAAACCACCAAUUGGUAAAUUAAGAUUUCAGCCCCCCGUGGAAGCUGAUACUUGGUCUCAUGUCAUAAAUGCAACGUCAAAUGCUCCAUCAUGUCCACAAAUUAAUGAAGAUUUACAAGAUUAUGAUGGUGACGAGGACUGCCUCUAUUUAAAUGUUUAUUCACCAAAAACAUCAUUUAAUGAAAGUGACAAUGAACUUCUUGCUGUGAUGGUAUGGAUUUAUGGGGGAGGUCUUACUGCAGGUGUAAUACGCCCAACUACAUUUGGUCCUGAUUUUUUAGUUGCUGAUAAUGUUUUGGUUGUCGCAAUGAAUUACAGAGUUGGAGCGUUAGGGUUUUUAUCGUUGGAUAUUCCUGAGGCCACAGGAAAUAUGGCAUUUAAAGAUCAAAUACUUGCUCUCAAAUGGAUACAAAAAAAUAUUAAAAAUUUUGGUGGUGAUCCAAAUAAAGUAACAAUAUUUGGAUUAAGUUCUGGAUCACAAUGUGUUACACUUCAACAUUUAUCACCAGCUUCUAAAGGCCUAUUUAGAAGUAUUAUUGCUAUGAGUGGAAGCACGCUGGGUCCUACUGGAUUUUUAUCAACUAAAUUAGCUGUAAAACAAGCUUUUCAAUUCAGUAGUUACCUUGGACUUGUUGGUCUCAAUAAGACGGAAUUAUUUAAUAAACUUCGACAUAUACCAGCAAAAGAAUUAGUUCAAGCUGAAGUGAAGCGAAAAAUGGACGGUAAGGCUUUAGCAUUUAGCCCAACAAUUGAAAAUCCAAUGAUAGCUAAAGAUAUAUUUUUAUCGACCUGCCCACUAAAAAUAUAUCAAAAAGGCAAUUACCCAAUGAUGCCAGCUAUCACUGGUUAUACAAGUACAGAGACACUUAUAUUUACAAGCAAUCAAGCGUCAAUUUCUGGUUCUGCCAAGAGUGGUAAAGAAUAUCUUACCAAGCUUGGCUUUGGAAAUUCAACGCUCAUAGAUGGAUUGAAUGCACUUAUUGAUAAAGAUAUAAAUAAUUUGAGCGAUGAUGCUUUUUACUUGGGAAUCAAUAUAACUUCUGAUAUAACAUUUAAUGUUGGAGUCGAUUCAACACAAAGAUAUCUUGCCCGGGGUUCAUUUCCAGUUUUUUACUAUCGAAAUUCAUUUGACUAUGAAGAGUCACGUCACAGAAUAGCAGGAAUCAACCGUGAUGGGUGUGCUCACGCUGAUGACGUUUCUCAUAUUUUUUGGCAACCAGUAAAAAAACAACCACAAGAUCCAACUACUCGUAUUGGCGUUCACAGAACAAGAAUGGCUAGACUUUGGACAAAUUUUGUUAAAUAUUUAAAUCCUACACCAAAUGAUACAUCAGAUCCUUUGGUAAAUUUCACCUGGUUUCCAUCAGGACCUGAAGGCUUUCGUCUUGAAAUUGGAAAUGAAAAAAUGGAAAUGAAACCACGACUUAUUUCUGACACAAUAAACGCGAUUCAACUACUUUUAAGAACGACAGAAGAGACAAUGAAUGAAAGAAUCAUUUUUUUUAUUUGUGUUAUAAUCAAUGUUGUGACAAGUUACGUUCAAGGACGGUUGACUGAUGUCAUACAAACUGAUAAAGGAAAAUUGCAAGGUGAAAUAGUUGGGACUAUCCAAAAUGAGUCAAUAAAAUAUUCAUCAUUUCGUGGAAUACCUUUUGCAAAACCACCAAUUGGUGAAUUAAGAUUCCAACCUCCCGUAGAGCCUGAUGCUUGGUCUCAUGUCUUGAAUGCAACUUCAGAUGUUUCAUUAUGUCCACAACUAAUGGACCAAUAUGAUGGUGAUGAGGACUGUCUGUAUUUAAAUGUUUAUUCACCCAAGACAUCAUUUGACAAAAAUGAUAAUGAGUCACUUGCUGUGAUGGUAUGGAUUCAUGGUGGUUCUUUUACUGGAGGAUCAAAAUAUCAAAGUGUACACGGUCCUGAUUUUUUAAUUGCUGAUAACGUGUUAGUUGUUUCAAUUAAUUAUCGUCUUGGAGCAUUAGGAUUUUUGUCAUUGGACACUGAUGGAGCAACUGGAAAUAUGGGUUUGAAAGAUCAAGUUCUCGCAUUAAAAUGGGUUCAAAAAAAUAUUAAGAAUUUUGGUGGUGAUCCAAACAAAGUAACAUUAUUUGGACUAAGUGCUGGAUCAGUUUGUGUUCUGCUUCAUCAAUUAUCACCAGCUUCAAAAGGACUUUUUAGAGGUGCUAUUGGUAUGAGUGGAAGCCCACUGAGUCGUUGGGGAUUUUCACCAGUUUCAUUAGCAGUUAAACAAGCUUUUGAGAUUGGUAAAUAUCUUGGUAUAAAUAACUCUAAUAAAACACAACUAUUAAACAGACUACGUGAGGUAUCACCAAAACAAUUAGUUGAAGCUGUUGAUAAACUAAAUUAUGAUAAUUCAGAGGAAAGAACGAGUUUUGUGACACUUAUGCCAACAAGAGAAAAUCCAAAAAUAGCAAAGGACAUUUUUUUAGCCGACUGUCCAUUAAAUAUAUACCAGAAAAAAAAUUAUUCAAUGAUACCAAUUAUCAUUGGUUUUACAAACGUAGAAACACUCAUAACUCUAUCAGAAUUCACGGCAAUUACACACUUUGCCCAGCUGAGUAGAAACUACCUCAAUUUACUUGGAUUAGGAGACUCGAGAUUUGUCGAUAAUUUGAAUGUAUUUUUAAAUGAUCCACAAAAAGAUUUAGACCAUUUGAGCAAUGAUGAUAUUUACUCAGUAGUCAAUAUUACUUCUGAUCUACAUUUCAACAUUGGUAUUGAUUCACUGCAAAAAUAUCUCACUGCGGAUUCUAAAAUUCCAAUUUACUAUUAUCGAAAUUCAUUUGAUUACCCAGAGUCGAUACACAGACAAAGGGGGAUUAAUUUUAAUGGUUGUGCUCAUGCUGAUGAUGGUGCACAUAUUUUUUGGCAACCAGUUUAUUAUCAACCUUGGGACCCGAACAGUCGUAUCGGCAUUCACCGAACAAAAAUGGGUAGACUCUGGACGAAUUUUGCUAAAUACUUAAAUCCUACACCAAAUGACCCAGCUGAUCAUUUAUUAAAUUUUACUUGGACUCCUUCUGGACUUGAAGGAUUACGUCUUGAAAUUAGGAAUGAACAGACAAAAAUAGAACCACGAAUUACCACUGAUAUAAUGCAAGCUGUUCAAACUAGUGAUAAUCCAUUUGAACAUGCUAAUUGUAUAAAUUAAUAAUUAAUAAAAAAUAUUUAACUCUGGUAAUGUUUCAAAAUGUUAAUAUUUUGAUCAUGAUUUAAAAAUAAUUUA